AUGGGGAUUGUUAUGUGCAGGGCAUGGGAAAGUGAAGAGAAGAAGACGUUUCCGAUCUCUUCCCUUCCUGAAGAUUUUUUGAUUGAGUGCAUAGCUCGUGUCUCUAAAGACGAGUAUCUCACUCUUUCCCUCGUUUCUAAGCUCUUCCGCUCCAUUGUUGCUUCCCCUCAGCUUUACGCCAGACGGUCUUCAUUAGGACGCACCGAAACUUGCAUCUAUGUACCCAUCCGUAAUGGCUCCACCUCGAACACCCGCUUGUAUACUCUCCUCCGCAGCACCAAGUGUUUGGUCCCUAUCCCCUCGCUUCCUCCUCUGCCUUCUCUAGAUGUGGGAGGAGGCUAUGUCGCAGCGGUCAAUGAUUCGGUCGCUAACGUCAUCGAUGCAAAGAUAUACGUAGUUGGAGGUCAUUACCGGGAUACCGAAAACGGUUCGUGGUCAUCAAACAGGAUGAUGGUGUUAGACACGGAAACACAAACGUGGGAAUGCGGUGAGGAGAACUAUGGUCUUGAGGCGGGUUGUAGGCUGAUUAGCGAGGAGAAGAUAUACAUCAUCAAGGGUGAUGAGAAUAACUUUGUUUUCAAACCAAAGGAACUGACAUAG